AUGUCGUCCAAGAAGCGUCUAGCGCCGUCAGCGGGGCCCGGGCCGUCGUCCUCGCAGGGCGUGUCGACCGCACCGUCUAGCCGUGACCAGCAGCAGGCACAGAACUGGAAGAAGCGCAAGCAGGAGCGAGCACAUACCGCCCGCUUCAUCGAGACACAGACCGCGUUAGCAACUUCCUCUGCCAGCAGCUCGCGCAAUACGUCCAAGUCCUCGACGCCUGUCCCCACUCAGCUUGCCACUGCGGCCGCGGGUCUGCCAACCAGCAUCGAGCUCGAGUCUCUCGUCUCGACGCGCGCCUUCCAGAUCCAGAGCUUUCUGCGCUCGAUAAAGUCGGCCAAGUCGGCAACUACAACACGAGCAUGGCAGCUGCUUCCACGACACGCACGCCGGCGUGCUGCUUCCCACAACCUUCUCCGCCUCCCCACUCGCCUCCGCUCCAAGGCGCUCGCCGAGCUUCGCAGCAGCACAACACUGGCCCGCACACGCUCGGACAUCAGGAAGCGGCUUCCCAGCUACGGCGUCAUUCGAGCUACACUGCGCCGCAAGAAACUAGCCGAGCGCGCCUCGCAUCCGCAACGGCGCUGGCUUGAGACGCAUCUUUGGCACGCCAAGCGCUUCAGAAUGACCACCGAAAAGGGCAAGGGCAAGGAGCGCGAGCAGGGUACCGAACACAACAGAUGGGGAUUUGUGCUACCAGAAACGACCAUGAUGAAGAGCCACCGCGCAAGCUGGCGCAGCGCACUCGAGUUCGUCACCGUCCACGAUGCAAGUUACUUUCGGGUCUUUCGUGUGGGCGUCAGGCGAGCACAAGCAUCGGCCGCUGAUGACGUCUUUGCGGCCCUUGCAGAGCAGUUGCACCAAGUUCUCGCCAAAGUUGGUCUCGCAAAGGCUGCAGAGCUGAAGUUGGAAGAUGUGACCGAGUCGCAUCGCGUCAUCGACACUGUCCUCGUCCGACCCACAUCCGAUCCAACGAGCAGUACCCAAUCGGAGAAGGACACUGUAGCUGCCGCCCUUGCUCCGGUCCGAGUUGUGAUCCUGUCGGGAACGCGCCUGUUCGAGCGGCCGUCUCUGGAUCAGGAAACGACGCAUACCCACAGUUGCAAGGAGGCGCUUCUCAUUGUCCAUCCGGCCGCCGACAUCUACGUCCGUCGCGCUCUCAAGGCCGCCAACGUGACAAUGAUCGACGAGAACAAGAACGCGCUCUUCGACCUCGAGCUUCCAGCGCCCGGCGUGAUGCAGGCGUACGCGUUCCAGCUCGACUCCACACCCGACCCGUGGCUCGCAGCAGGAGGCAAAGACAGCUCGCUCUCCAAGCUCGAGAAGAAGCGCAGACGGCACGCAUACCAAACUGGCUCCGCAAAGAGCGACAAGACGGAGUCUUUGAGUAAGCAGGCGCAAGAAACAAUGCUGCUCGACGACAAGGCAGAGCUCAAACGCAAGCAGGGACUCAACAUCUUCGAACUCGUAGGGCCGAAGGCCGCUUCACUGCUCCGGAGCGUGCUCAAGUGCCAAGACGGAGCCGAGGGCAAUGCGGAUGGCUUGAGGUUGCGGCAACUGCUUGAAAAGCACAGAAAGACAUCAAAAAGAGACAGUCCCGAGAUGGUGCAGGUGCGAGUGAACGACCCUCGACUCUCGUACCCGCCGAGAUUGAAACCUGUGUCGACAACACAGUCCACCACUGGGGAUUCGGUCAAAGCGACCGGCGACGCAGACUCACAUCACGACGACCUGUUCUGGACAGGAGCGCCACCACCUACAUUCAGCAAAGGCGAGAUCGACUCGCGGCGCGCGCUGAAUGCGAUACCCGGUGCUCGGCUGCAGCCGGACGCGCGCGACGACGUCGUCCCCGUCGUGGUGAUGCGCGACCGGCUUGCUGGCAAGGUGGAUCGAUACAUGCUGGUGGUGCCGCGCGGCUGGGGUACCGCGUUCUUCCUCUCGCUCGUGGCAACGCAUCAAUCGGGCGCGUCGAGCGGAGCGCGAGUGCUGGGCCAGCACCAACUGCGACACCAGAAGCUGGAGCUAGCUGCGCAGGCACAGGCAGCGGGCGAGCAUGCGGCGGCGAGCAUGCUGAGCUACCCGCACAACUGGCUCGGCACUCGCGCGUACGCGGACAGCGAGAAGCGGGCCGAAGUCGCGCGGUACGAGCAGUGGAGUAAGAGACCAAAAGGCAAACGCUCCGAGUUCGCGUUUGCAUCUCACAAGGACUGGGCUGCGUUCCAGCAGAGCAAGACGACAGAGGAGGUCGAGGCGAAACUGGCGUAUGAUCGAACGGGCGUUGCGAGGCCGUAUCCGUUCGGAGGCUCUCAUUACUGGGAGUGGAUCGUUGGCAAUUCUCAGCGCCUGUACGGCGGAGGCAAGGAGGUUGAGACCAUCCUGCCGUGGUUGGUAGCGCAGCUUGACGUCGACCUUGCGCGUGUCGCAGGGAUCGAGGCGAGGCUUUCGGCGUCAAGUCUGGCCUCGGCCAUGGUUGCGGUCAAGCUGCAGGCGGUGCGCAAAGGCACUGUGAUGGCAUUAAGCAGUGUCAUGCUGGCACCUACGUUCGAGGAGCACGAGCACUGGGUGCAUCAUCUCGACCCGAUCAACCACCCUGCCUUGGUUCGCAAUCGAACCGCAGCGGCAGGCGACAAGAUGGACAAGCAGUAUCUCAAGGCGUUGGUCGAGCGCAGGUGCAAGGUGAUGCAGCUCGGCGGGGGUACUCCUGCACAGUCGAUCAGAUUCAAGCCGAUCAGCGGCGUGUGGCGCGAGUACACGUUCGCCGCCAUGGAGCCUGAGGAGAUGCACGAGCGCAGUGCGAACUGGAACAAUGCGGUCGGCACAGUGUUGGACGGCGACUACUCGCUCAGCAACGGCAGAGGGUUCGGUGUCGGUGCCCUCACGCUGCGCGCAUGGAUGGUGCUAACGGAGUGGCAGGAGAGGAUGGACAGGCAGCGAGACGGCGAGGCUACGACAACGAGGAGACCGCGCAAUGCUGUCGAGACGCGCAACUUGCUGCUCGUGCGCGAGCCAGGAUCCAACGUUGUCCGCCCCGUCAGUGCGACACUUAUCGCCCUCGUGUAA